GUAACGUAGCAACGCGUCCCCCGCUCGGGUGUCACAUGACCCCCCUGUCACAUGAUCCCCGGCCACGCCCACUGGCGGGUGGUGUCGGUGCGGCGCAGAGCGCUGAGGAGACAUGGAGCUGCCGGCGGUGAACCUGAAGGCGAUUGUCUUCCUGCACUGGCUGCUGUCUGUAUUCGCCUGUACUUACCCCUGGCUUCCAAAUGCCUAUUAUCUGGCAAAUUUCUCGGUCCUGGCCAUGGGCAUCUGGGCAAUUGUGCAGAGAGACUCGGUUGAUGCGAUCUUUAUGUUACUGGUCGGGCUGGCUACCACCAUAGUGUUGGACAUAUUGAUUCUCGCCCUUUACUUUGCGUCGGCAGAAAUAGCCUCAGAAUCUACCCCCGCACGGGACCUGUUUCGUUUCAGUGGCGGGAUGGCUAUCCUCAGCCUGAUACUCAAGCCGCUCUCUUGUUUCUUCACUUACCACAUGUAUGUAGAGCGAGGCGGAGAUUGCACCAUCAACUUAGGGUUCCUCACUGUGUCGCGAGAUCGCAGCAAUUACCAGACGAUUGAUCAUCCGGAUACACCCGUUGAACCAGACAAGAUGCCUUCUCGCUACUGAGGGCUGAGCGACGCGGCUUCCGGCACUAUGCUGUCAUCCCGCACAGCCGGUCUGAGCUCUGGGACCGCGCAUGUACCGGUGCUGCCUGGCCGCCAUUUGUCAGACUAGACUCUCCUUACAUCGUCUCUUAUUCACCAGCGGCAGCCGCGUCACUGGCUGAGCCAUCACUCCGGAACCCAGUGACCUCACGCAGGCCUGAGGCUGAAGGGCGGCCAUUCCCUCGCCCCCUCCCCUGUACUGCGGGUGACCCGGGCACCUCUUCUUCAUUUAUAUGAUGUAAGACUUAAUUCACCCCAAAAAUGUGAUUUCAUCUGGAACUCUGGAUACUGCCCUGACUUAGCUCAGAUUAUCGUUACUUAUUUCUCCUUAAAUACUCUGUACAGUUACUGACUUACAUCUGCAGCUCAUUCACUUACACACAAUAUAAGCGUUUCCUGUUACAUUCAACUUCAUAGACUACAGGAAUAGUGAUGGCAGCAGCCUGAUAUCACAACGGAUCAGAACCAAGGUGUGUGCGUGUGUGUGUGUGUGUGUGUGUGUGUGUAUGUAUACAUACAUACAUAUAUACUGCAUAGUUACAGUGCGCCCAUCAUCCACACACACAGCGGCUGCGCCCCGUUAUAAGAAUGCCGCAAAUCCGCGUGCUAGUAGCUGGUAACAUCACGGAGCCGCACUGUGCGUCAGGUACUGUGAUAGCAAUAUAUUUAUGUGAGAGACGUUAGUAACUAAGGACAUCCCUGACUAUUGCAGCAUUGUAACUAGCACAUGGCAUGGCGGCAUGCCGCUGUGUGUGAUACCGUCACGUGGCGGCUGUCACUGUGUGUAAUGCCGGCGCGUGGCGGCUGUAGCUGCGUGUAAUACCGGCGCGUGGCGGCUGUAGCUGCGUGUAAUACCGGCGCGUGGCGGCUGUAGCUGCGUGUAAUACCGGCGCGUGGCGGCUGUCGCUGUGUGUGAUACCGGCACGGUAGUUCUUCAGAUGACUGUUAAUGGGAUGUAAAUUGCUGGCAGUGUUCUCUAUGCCUGUAUUCUCGUGUGUACAUGUUUGCUGCAGUAUAUUGUCUGUAUUAUAAGAGGAUAUUUCAUACUUUGGUAAAUAUAUAAUAUAUUUUGUGCCUUUUGAAGGAUUAUUAAAAAACAAGCCAAAAAACCUUUGAAAGAAAA